UCAUUCAUUCUGGAUAUUAACUAACAAGAACUUAUAGUCGCAUUAAUAUAUUUGUCAUAUCAAAUUAUUUCUUUUUAAAGUAACACCAGGUGAUUUUUGUAAACAGUGUCAAACAUGAGUUAUGGAUUUGUCACUUGUGGUCCAAACGAAGCUUUAGUCGUUUCAGGAUGCUGCUACAGCAAACCACUUCUGGUACCUGGUGGCAGAGUAUUUGUAUGGCCUCUUGUUCAACAAGUUCAAAAAAUAUCCUUAAAUACAAUGACUUUACAAGUUGAAAGUCCUACUGUUUAUACGUCACAAGGUGUGCCAAUAUCUGUCACAGGAAUUGCACAGGUAAAAAUUCAAGGACAAAAUGAAGAGAUGUUGUCAACUGCAUGUGAACAAUUUCUUGGUAAAAAUGAAGAAGAAAUUCAUAAUAUUGCGUUAGUUACUUUAGAAGGACAUCAACGUGCAAUAAUGGGCAGUAUGACUGUAGAAGAAAUUUACAAGGAUCGUAAAAAAUUUAGCAAAGAAGUAUUCGAAGUUGCAAGCAGUGAUUUAGUCAAUAUGGGCAUUACCGUUGUAUCUUAUACACUGAAGGAUAUUCGAGAUGAAGAAGGAUACUUGAAAGCACUUGGUAUGGCAAGAACAGCUGAAGUUAAAAGGGAUGCAAGGAUUGGUGAAGCAGAAGCACGUAGAGAUGCUCAAAUCAGAGAAGCUAUUGCUGAGGAACAACGUAUGGCUGCACGUUUCUUGAAUGAUACCGAAAUUGCCAAAGCCCAACGAGAUUUUGAAUUGAAAAAAGCUGCAUACGAUGUUGAAGUACAAACAAAAAAAGCUGAAGCUGAAAUGGCAUUUGAAUUGCAAGCAGCUAAAACAAAACAAAGAAUUAUGGAAGAACAAAUGCAAGUAAAAGUAGUUGAACGUGGACAAGAAAUAGCAGUACAAGAACAAGAAAUGAUGAGACGUGAAAAAGAAUUAGAUGCUACUGUAAAACGUCCAGCUGAUGCCGAAAAAUACAGAUUGGAAAAAAUGGCAGAGGCAAAUAAAUUACGUCUUAUGAUGGAAGCCGAAGCUGAAGCGGAAGCUAUUAAAAUUCGUGGAGAAGCAGAAGCUUUUGCUAUCGAAGCUAAAGCUAAAGCUGAAGCAGAACAAAUGGCGAAGAAAGCUGCAGCAUGGAAUGAAUACAAGAGUGCAGCUAUGAUAGACAUGAUGUUGGACACACUGCCAAAGGUUGCCGCUGAAGUAGCUGCACCUCUUUCACAAGCCAAGAAGAUAACCAUGGUAUCCAGUGGUAAUGGAGCUGUUGGUGCUGAAAAAUUAACAGAGGAAGUAUUUAACAUUGUUACUCGUGUUCCGGAUCUUGUCAAGAGUUUAACAGGCGUGGAUAUCGCUAAGUCAGUACACGCAGCAUAAAAAGGUAAAAUGAGCAAAAAAUGUAUUUGAGAGUAACGUGCCAAAAAUUACUUUCUUAAAAAUAGAUCUAAGAAGUAUACAUAAUUACACCGUUGAUGUGUUUAACUCUUGUAAAAGAGAACUUAUGCACAUUUGAAUCUUUAAAUUUCUAUUAUUUAAA